AACGGGAAUUGUUUUUUUUCCUCGUCUUCUCUUUCUCCUUACAAAUUGGAUUGUUAUCCAAUGCCAAAAUGUCCGUCCACUUUUAACUUAAUACUACCGUUUUCCCGGCUUCUUCAAUGGCGAUUUCUCUCCCCUCCUCCUAUGCCUCUCCGCUUUUCUCCCCGGAAUCACGUAACUCCAUUUCAGCAUCGUCGAUGCUAACUUCUCUUUCAUCACUGCGCUUACCGUCUCAGAUUCGCCGCUUCGGAAUCCGCCACGAGAGGCUUAACUCGCCGUUAUCGUCUCGCUUUGCCCGGCUCACUGUUAGCGCAAAGAAGCAAACGUUCAAUUCUUUUGAUGAUUUGUUAAAGAACUCUGAUAAACCUUUACUGGUAGACUUCUAUGCAACAUGGUGUGGUCCAUGCCAGCUUAUGGUACCUAUACUCAAUGAAGUGAGUGAAACUCUGAAAGAUAAGAUUGCAGUUGUGAAAAUAGAUACUGAGAAGUACCCAACUCUUGCUAACAAAUAUCAGAUUGAGGCUUUACCUACAUUCAUCUUAUUCAAAGAUGGAAAACUCUGGGACCGUUUCGAGGGUGCGUUGCCAGCGAACCAACUCGUUGAACGGAUCGAGAAUUCUUUGCAAGUGAAGCAGUAGAUAUGCAAAGUCAAGAAAAACUUGUCGUCUAUGAACAAACAAUCCGUUGUGACAAAGAUUCAUUGUUUAUUGAUUGCUCGGCACCUAUUCAUACAUGACAUCAUGAUAUGCAGAGAUAACUCCAUUUUCCUUGUUUUGAGUGACAAAUUCCUUAUGAUAUGCAGAUACUUUUCGGUCUCUACUCUGUUCAGUUUGUUGAAAGUUGUAAGUUAUUCAGUUUUUAUAUUUUUCUUAAACAUCGUAA